AAGCCACUCCGUGACUUCCCCGCCUUUUGUCUUUCUGUAUCCAGAGCAUCAUCGUCAUCAUGGCCACUACAGCCCAAUAUCUACCUGGCUCGGUUGAUAUCCCAGUGGGGCGCUUUCCUCCCACCCUCACAUCGGCCAAUGUCGACCCUGAGGCCAUUGCCUCGCAGCUUGUGGACCAGAUCAAUACCGCGCUGAGCCAGCGAAAUGUCGAGGCUAUCAGCCGCCUGUUUCUGGAGGGCGGUUAUUGGCGAGAUCAUCUUUGUCUGACUUGGGAGUAUCGCACUGCCAAAGGCCACGACCAGAUCCAGACACUCCUCAAAUCCGCACAGCUGCCGACAAAUAUCGAGAUUGACCGAUCGACCAGUCUACGUACACCCCAUGUCGGCCCAAUCGAUGCGUUUGGAGAUGUCAAGGGUGUUGAGUUUUUCAUCAAGGUCUCGAGCCCCGUCAUCAGCGGAACAGGUGUCGUUCGUGUGGCCGAAGUCAACAACGGAUGGAAAAUCUUCACCUUCUUCACAAGCCUUCAGAACUUGGUGGGCCACGAGGAAAGAGUAGGUCAUCGUCGGCCACUCGGCGUGCAGCAUGGGGCGAACAAGGAUAGAAAGAAUUGGCAGGACAGACGCAACGCAGAAAACAAUCUAGAGGGCAACCCUCCGACGGUUUUGAUUAUCGGUGCUGGCCAAGCGGGUCUCAGCGUGGCCGCCCGCCUGAAAAUGCUUAACAUCGAUAGCCUCAUCAUUGACGAAGCAGAUCGCGUUGGCGACAAUUGGCGCAGGCGAUACCACCAGCUGGUGCUCCACGACCCUGUGUGGAUGGACCAUCUUCCUUACGUGCCCUUCCCGCCCAGCUGGCCGGUCUUUACGCCAAAGGACAAGCUAGCUGAAUUCUUCGAGUGUUAUGUCAAGCUCCUAGACCUCAACGUCUGGACCCGAACCACCGUCCAUUCUACGUCGUGGAGCGAAGCUGACAGUCUCUGGACCAUUGAGCUGCAGCGCCGUAAAGAGGACGGUAGUUUCGAAACCCGCACGUUGAAUCCCCGACACGUCAUUCAAGCGACCGGUCACUCCGGAAAGAAGGAAAUGCCCAUCUUCAAAGGCAUGGAGUCAUUCAAAGGCGACCGUUUCUGCCACAGCAGUGAGUUCCCCGGCGCGAGCGACCUCUCCUCGUCAACGCAGAAAAAGGCCGUGGUCGUCGGGGCGUGCAACUCAGGCCACGACAUUGCGCAGGACUACUACGAGAAAGGAUACGACGUGACGAUCGUCCAACGGAGCUCGACUUGCGUGAUCUCCUCUGCCUCCAUCACUGAUAUCGGCCUGAAGGGCCUCUUCGACGAGGAUGGACCCCCGACCGAGGACGCCGAGCUCUACCUGUGGAGUCUGCCCUGGGAGAUCUUCAAAGCCCAGCAAGUCAAAAUCACCCGCCUGCAGAACGAGCACGACCGCGCGGUCCUCGACGGGCUCGCCCGCGCGGGCUUCCAGGUCGACAACGGGCCCGCGGGCGCCGGCCUCAUCAUGAAGUACUUCCAGCGGGGCGGGGGCUACUAUAUCGACGUGGGCGCGAGCCAGCUCAUCGCAGACGGGCACAUCCGAGUUAAGCACGGCCAGGAGAUUGCGGAAGUCCUGCCGCACGGCCUGCGCUUUGCGGACGGGUCGGAGCUCCCGGCCGACGAGAUCGUUCUCGCCACGGGCUACCAGAACAUGCGGACGCAGGCGCGACAGAUCUUCGGCGAUGCGGUCGCCGACCGGGUCGGCGAUAUCUGGGGCAUGGACGCCGAGGGCGAGAUGCGCACGAUCUGGCGGCGCAGCGGCCACCCGGGUCUGUGGUUCAUGGGGGGCAAUCUGGCGCUGUGUCGGUAUUACUCGCGGACGUUGGCGUUGCAGAUUAAAGCAUUGGAAGAGGGCAUUGCCAAGUAAAUUGCUGGGCCAGUUGGAUGCAAGAGAGAAAAAGGGGGUAAUGGUAAGGUAGUUGUAGUCAAAGUCAUGGGUCUCUGGUUUGUCAGUCGCAAGAUCGACCCAAGGUGAGACCCGACUAUGCAAUAUCUAAAGUAGAGAAUGGGUUAGUUACUCUUGUGAAGACCGAUGCGACACUUGCCAAUGCACAAUUUUAUGCGCAUGGUAGAAUAAAUCCCUCGAUCGCAUCGGCUAGAUAGUAAGCGGAGAUGCCACGGAGUUCGGAGCCGGAGAAGUUGAACAAACCGCAUCGCAGAGACCCUUCUCUGCUCUCCGACGCUCCGACCCUCCUCAUCGAAAUUUUGGAGGAAGACAAC